AUGGCUGGUGUCGAGGGCCAGUUAUGGGGGCUUUGUAUCGAGGCCGCUGUAGACCCAGCAGAGUGGGCCGAGGAGCGGGCGGGAAAAGGAAAACUUGAUGCUAUCGAGGCCCGCCAACUUGAUUACUGUGUCGGAUCUAGCGGUGUUGGCCGCGUGAGAGGUGUCAACUAG